CUUCAUGUUUAAUGCCAGGGGUGGCUCUUUCUUCAGGCUUAGUCAAGGGUACAAGCGUGGCGGCAGCCCGGACGAACACUGCACGGCCGUGUUUCCAACGAAGCUUGUCCCAACGGUCAUAUCGAUCAUUAUCUCCAUCAGCAUGCACGAGACAGCCUCGUCUGACAUGCGCAUCCUCGAACGUCGGACAAAAUGCGGCUUUAUAGCUCCGUUGAAUCGAGGAAGCAAGUGCUCUUGCGUCCCAGCUGACGCUGAUAAAUAGCCUGCGGACCCCACAUCAGCGAUGCUUUCUAUCUCUUCACUAACAACAGACAAGCGGAAACACGAGGUCGAAGUCUCAGAAACGUAUCGCAGCUAUGCAUCUCAUACUCACUGGCGCCACUGGUCUCGUCGGCGCUGCUGUACUUGACAGCAUGCUGGCGCAACAGGCUAUCAGCCGGAUCUCGAUCCUUAGCAGGCGACCAGUGAAGAUGGCGGAAGGGCAUGAUAAAGUCCAAGUUAUUUUGCAUGAAGACUUCAAUCAGUAUGAUGAAGCGGUGCUUGAUAAGCUCAAGGAUGCACACGGUUGCGUGUGGGCUCUAGGAGUGUCGCAGAAUGACGUGAGCAAGGCCAAAUACGUCGAGAUCACGAAAGAUUACACUAUGACUGCCGCACGCGCCUUCAGUACCUUGCACCCCGACUCACCCUUCACAUUUGUCUACGUCUCCGGCGAGGGAGCCACCCAGUCACCGGGCAUGUUCACACCUAUCUUUGGGCGCGUCAAAGGGGAAACUGAAACAGCCCUGCUGAAUUUCCGCAAGCAGAACCCAAACUUCAAAUCAUUCAGUGUGCGACCAGGUGGUGUGGACUGGACGUCGCACCCUGAGAUUCAGCCUUUCAUCCCACAACGACCAAUUUGGCUCACCACGCUGAUCAAGCCUAUGAAUCUGUUGUACAAGAGCAUGAUGACCCCGACACAGCCUAUGGGAAGGGUCUUCACGGAGCUUGCGAUGAGUAGGGGUGAGCCACUGGAGGGUUCCGGUGUCGCACUGGAGGGCACAUUGCUCACGAACAUAGGCAUCAGGAGGCUGUCUGGGCUGUAGUUGCACUUAUGGUCGUAUGCUUGCAUUUUUGUGUCCUGUGAUAGGAUGUCUGAUUU